GUUUUUUGGGGGUUUUCUCCGCUUAGGUGUAUAGAAUUCAAUUCAAAGAUCAUCACUGUUUCCUUCUUUCUCGAUAUCUCUAAAGGGAAACCGACAAUGCAAAGAAUUUGCAGAGAGUGCAACUAGUUAGUUCCAUUUCGCAUCCUUGGUUAAUUUUCGGUCAAAACCUCUUUUGGUGUGAACUCCACAUGCCAAAAUCAUCACAGAGGCGGCAACCGGAUAAUUAUUUAUUUAUUGAAGGAAUCAAGUGGAUCGAUCUUAGUUUGGGGAAAGAGUAUAAGCAACCCCACACAAACCAGCUUUAAGGUUACAUGUGCUUGCUAACGGUGGCGCACCAAGGAGGUUCGGGUUCCGGUUCAGGUUCGGGCAAGUUCGUGAGGUUCACGAGCGGCGAUGAGGAAGUGGAAGACCCUUUUGGACAAGAAGGUGGAAGCUCAGGUCCAUCAAUGGGAGGGACAGGGAGUAUGGUUUCGGUUCCGAGCCAAGUGGUGUCAGGCUCAGGCUCAGGCUCAGGCUCAGGCUCAGGGCAGAUUAACACCGAGUGGGUCCCCGGAAGUGGUUAUCCUAUGAUGUCAGGUUUUAUGCAUGUCUCUUCUCCUCGUUUGUCUUCUUCUUCUUCUUCUGCCCCUCUUUUGGGGGUUGGACACAAAAGAGCGCGUGAAGAUCACACUGUUUCUUCUCAGCAAUUAAUUCCACUCUAUGGAACCGCCACUCCUCACUUCUCACUACCUUCAUCAUCAGUGACAGAAGAAGCUACAACUGUUGCCACUACAACGCAAGGGAGUGAAACGGCGUCGUAUGAAGAGAGCGGUGAGAGGAGGAGGAGAUACAGAGGGGUGAGGCAGAGACCGUGGGGGAAAUGGGCCGCGGAAAUUCGCGAUCCUCACAAAGCAGCGAGAGUGUGGCUUGGAACGUUCGACACUGCAGAAGCUGCAGCAAGAGCUUACGAUGAAGCUGCAUUGAGGUUCAGAGGUAACAGAGCCAAACUCAACUUCCCUGAAAACGUUGCUGCAGUUCGACCCGAUUUUCCGCCCAGUACGAUCGCCGUUUCUGCUUCCCCGGCGACCCAUUUUUCGCCGGCGGUGAUGCAGGGCUCGCAGUUUCAGGGAUCAUCCGAUUUUAUGAGAGAUUACUGGGAAUACUCUCAGCUUCUGAGAGGCACAGGGGACUUCCAUGGACUCGAGCAGUGGUUCUAUGAUUCGCAAAUGGCGCAGAUUCAGUCUUCCUCUUCGUUGUUAUCGCCGUCGCUCUUUUUGUCGUCGUCUUCGUCCCAAACUGCAUUUUCACCCUCCUCUGCUUCGUUUCCUCUGUUUUCUAGUCAGCAAAUGGGGUUUUUCCGGCCGCCGGGAGACUCCUCUCACGGCGGUGGAGACGGUAGUGGCGGGUCGGAGUUUCCACCUUCGACGUGGUCAGAUACCAGUGGCUAUCCUCCUCCCCCUGGUUGACAUGGAAUACACAAACACAACAUCCUUGUUUUACUUUUAUUUUUGUUUUCUUCUAUUUUUUCUUUCUUUCGUCAAAGAAAAAAAAAGGUCUUUUUCUUUUCUAAAAAAUGAUUUGGAGUUUACUGAAUUCUUAUGUCGUUUUGGGUUAAAUAUUAUUUCUUGGUGUUGUGGUGAAUAAAUUGAUGAAAGAUAGGAGAGACAAUAAAAGGUUGAGGGAUGAUAAAGGUUAGAGGUGGAUAAAAAGUUAGGGGUACAAAGCAGCAUUUGAGUUUGAAGCUUAGUUUAGAGAUAAAGACAAAGCAGCACUUAGUUUUCAACUUCGAGUUUAUUCUAAAUUCUCAAUGGAUUUGAUGUUAACUUUUUCU